AUGGCACUUUAUGCACUCCUCGCGGCUCUUGCCACCUCCUCCACCGCUCUUGCGGCGAGCCUCCAGCAAAUCACCAGCUUCGGUGACAACCCGACCAACAUCCAAAUGUUCGAGUAUGUCCCGGACAAGCUGGCCGAGGCACCUGCCGUCGUGGUCAAUCUUCAUCCAUGCGGCGGUAGCGCAGCCAUGUGGUUCCGAGGAACCAAGAUGCCAACAUAUGCGGAUGAGCUUGGCUUCGUCCUCAUCUACCCCGGCACGACCAACAUGAAUAACUGCUGGGACGUCCAUAGCCCGGAAAGCCUCACCCACGGCAAGGGUGGCGACGCCCUCGCCAUCGUCAACAUGGUAGACUACGCUCUCAAGACCCACGGCGGUGACCCGCAGCGCGUCUACGUCAUGGGAAGCUCUUCGGGUGCCAUGAUGACCAACGUCCUUGCCGGCUCCUACCCAGACGUCUUCGAGGCCGGCUCCGCCUACUCCGGAACGGCCCACGCCUGCUUCGCGGGCGCGCCCUCCGCCACUCCCAUGUCGCCCAACCAGACCUGCGCCCAGGGCCUCUCGCACACGCCGGAAGAGUGGGCCUCGUUCGUGCACAACUCGUACCCCGACUACGAUGGACCCCGCCCGCGCAUGCAAAUCUUCCACGGAAACGCCGACGCCCUGGUCAGGCCCGCGUGCGCGGUCGAGGCGUUGAAGCAGUGGUCGGCCGUGCUGGGCGAGACCAACACCCAGAAUGUCACGGGCGUGCCCUCGUCCGCGUACACCCAGCUCAUCUACGGCGAUGGGUCCAAGCUCAUGGGCUUCUUCGGAGCCGGUGUCGGACACACUGCGCCUGUGAAUGAAGAGCUCACUCUUCGAUUCUUUGGUUUACUGGAGUAA